CAUCACCCUUCCUCAGUUCACAGCAAAACUUAAAACAUUCAGCAAUGGCACUUGGAAGCUCCCUUCCCGUGUUCAUCGUCGUUCUCUUCGUCGCAGUCUUCUUCCUCGAACACUGCACCGAGGCUCGACAUCACCCUCGCCAUCCGUCGGCUGCCCUGCCUCCGAGCACAAUGCCAUACAUCCCCACUGCUCUGCCUCCGAGCGGAAUACCAACUAUCCCCACUGCUCUGCCUCCAAGUGCAAUCCCCAUUAUCCCCGGCAUCCCCACUACUCCGACUGUUGGUGGAGGUGGUGGCUCCUCGUCUCCGUUCCCUCAGAUUCCCGGGAUACCAUCGAUUCCAUCAAUUCCUGGCAUGCCAUCAAACCCAUCAGCUCCAAUGAUUCCGUCGAUCCCUACAAUCCCGACGAUUCCAUCCAUUCCGACCAUCCCAACGAUCCCCUCCAUUCCUCCACCUCCCUGAUCAGCUCGAUUUUUCGUAAUGUUUAUGGUGUAGCUAGUUGAAAAGGAUGAGGGGAGGGCGAAUGUUCGGAGUUAGCUUGGGCUGUUCACUAUGUUAUACGUGUGCCUAUACAGCUUGUACUCGAUAUACUUGUAUUGUUUUUACUUUUUUGAAGUCUGUUUGAUUAUUUCCUUUUUUUAACAAAAAAAAGUCUGCUUGUAAUUGAUGAGGCUGGCUAGGGUGUUCAAAUGGUUACCAUGGUAAUAACCAAAUCAAAUAAGUCUAAAUUCUAUUAACCAUGGAAAAUAAUAUCAUAACCAAACCGUCCAAACUAAUACAACAACCAAAUUAACCAAACUAAAAUUUAUUCGGUUUGGUUAAUUGGUUAACCAAAAUAACCAAUAUAACACCACAUUAUCAUUAAGUGAGAAAAUUUUUCAGUUAGUGCAUCAAUUCGCAAUUUAUAUAAUGAACAACACAUAACAAUCCAUAUAAUUGUAGUUAACCCUUAACCUAAAUACAUGUAACAAAUACAAUUAUCUUACAUUUGACUCUUGAGUGGUUAUGCAAAGUAUUAAGUAUGUGUAUAUAAUAUAUAUUAGAUAUAUGACAAAUUACUUAACUGGUUAAUUUGGUUUGAUUGGUUAGGAGUGCCUGAAACCAAACCAAACAAGCUAAAUUUUUUAACCAAACCAAAUCAAUUAUCGAAAUUAAUCAAACCAAAUUAGUCAAAUACUACUGGUUAAAAUGGUUACCACGAUAACUACACCGUUUUAACACCCCUAAGGCUGGCAAUUCCUAGGCCAGAGAUCCCUCUCCAUUAAUUUGGGCCGUAGAAUCGAAAACCAUUAAUUUGGGCCGACGUCGUGCCCAAAAAAUUUAACUCGGUCCAAGCCAGUGCUUAGUAGUCAGUAGCCAUCCACCAUUCAAACAAGAAAAAACCAGAGAUCCCUCUCCAUCUCAUUCGUCAUUUUCAGCUCGAAGACGAUAGAUUCCAAAAUGGAAAGUGCUCUCUCUCUCUCUCUCUCUCUCUACAAAAAUCGAAAUUCCUCCCCUGUUCUGAGAAAAGCAAUUUUGAAUCCAUCUGGUCCCUCCUCUGUUCACAAUCGGGUCUGCCACUGUUUGAAAUGCACAACAUCUGCAUCUUCUUGUUCGUGUCGUUCCAUUCUUCUGUAGUUCUGUCUCUCUUUUGUUUCAUUCGUUUCGUUUGUGGUAAAUUGUGUUUUAUGAAUGGAAUUGGGAGGCGAAGGGGGGAAAGACUAAAGAGAGAUAUGAUGAUUGUGUGACAAUCCAAUUCCGAGGCAUCGAAAUGGUCAAAUGGAUACUUUUUUUCCAUUGAGAGGGAUGACCACUAUUAUAUACACCUGAUCUCUCUCCCCCCUUCGACCCAAUUCGUUUGUUUAAAUCCGAAGUUUUGAUUGAAUGCACGGGUUGUGGAUUGUUUGCGCAAUCAAUGAAAUGCUGGAAUGUGAUUUUGCUUUCAUUGUCAGCUCCUUCGGUUCUUAAUGUUCGGUUCGAAUCUAGACUUCUACCGUGUGUUUUGUGAAUUUACAUAUCGAAUUGUUUUAUCGGUGGUUCGAUCCAUGUUGAUUGUCAUCCCGAUCUUGAAAAGGCUUUUUAAUUUGUGCAUUUUGACGAGUUGUCAAAACACAUCGAAGGACUUCUUGAUGUAUCCUACCAAAAUAUCAUUCAUGAUAUCAUCACUCAUUCGACUCUGAAGAGUGUUCUUCACGUAGUUCAUUGUCGAAAAUACUCUUUCAACACUUGCAGUGGCAGCAACAAUGCUAACCUCACAAGAAGAUACACAGAUGGAAAUCCUAGAUGCCGCUUUGUAGAAACCAUCUUACUAGAAAGCUCAGCAAUCUCCUUUACUCCAGUGAACCUCUUACCUUUCUUCAUCUCAUAGAUAUAACUUUUUUCGAUUAUUGACUGAAUAAGGAUACAAUUAUGAG